CCUCAACCAAGUUGACUCAAUUCUAGCAUCCGCAAUCAAUCAUCAUACUCGAAAAAAGACAGAAAUAAACAGUAGCAACAUGUCUCUCACCACUGAAAGCUCCGUUGUAGGUCUAGCCCCUCUCCCUCCCGCAGAUACCCUUCUCAGCUUGCGAACAGGCAAAAUCCGCCCGCUCGGCGGUGUAAACAUCCGCACCGCUAUUAACAAACGAGCGCGGCAAGGAAAAUGGGAAGUAACCCCUGUUGGGCUCGUCGGCGAUGAGCAGCAGUUCAUUCAUCAUGGUGGUCAUGAAAAGGCUCUUCAUCAGUACUGUGCCGCUCACUACGAUGUCUGGAACACUGAGCUGCCUGGUCGAGAGGAUCUCUUCAGAAUCGGUGGCUUUGGAGAGAAUCUAUCUGCAAUGAACAUGUCUGAGACGAACGUCUGUAUUGGAGACAUAUUUCGUAUAGGGCGGGAUGUGAUCAUCCAGGUUUCUGGACCGAGACAGCCGUGCUAUAAGCUCAAUCAUCGCUUUCAGCACAAGAAGAUCUCGGCGAUGACGCAGUCAAGUGGCCGAACAGGAUGGUACUACCGUGUUCUUGAAACUGGGUUUAUCGAGCAAGGCGAUGCUAUGGAGCUCGUUGAACGUAUUAACCCAACAUGGUCCCUCUCACGAGUUCAGAAGUACCUUUACCAUGAAAAGGACAACAUUGAAAUUUUUCAAGAACUGGUAUCACUCCCUGCCCUGUCUGAAGAGAUGGUAGGGAUAUUUCAGGACCGACUCGAUCACGGUACUGAGGAUAUGAGUGGUCGCCUUGAAGGUGAUGGAGUCCCUGUCGUCUGGAGACCUUACAAGCUGGCCAGCAAAACGGAACUGACUCCGAGGAUCAAAUCUUUCAUCCUCGAAUCUCAGGAACAAAACGAGGACUCGGAGUUUGGUCAAUUUCCCUUUGUGCGAGUCCAGUUUGGCCCAGAUGGAAACAUGUCUCGCGCCUACUCUGUUGUAUCCGGAACCACGAGUCGAUUUGAACUUGGUAUCGCUCGGGAUGAUAAUUCGAGAGGUGGAUCCAUCUAUCUCCAUGAUAACCUGAAUGUUGGAGAUACAAUCAAAGUCGCCCCAGGACACAAUGCUACUGGAACACAGAAGGAAAAGAUGGAAACCUUGGCGUCCAAGCAUAUCUUCAUCAUAGGUGGUAUCGGAGUUACAGCCUUUCUUGGAGAGAUCGAAAAGCUAUCUCGGGAGCCGGUUGAAGUUGAGGUUCAUUAUGCUGUGCGGAGCCGCAACGAUGCGGCCUACUUGAGUCGUCUACCAAUUGACAAAACGACCAUUUAUGCAAAAGACCAAGGCCAACGACUCAUUCUCAGCCAAAUAAUCCCUGAGCCUACGGUUGAUAAGGGUCGCAGACCUAUUGUUUAUUGCUGCGGCCCAACAUCCCUCAUGAACGCUUGCCGUAACCUGACUACCGACAGUGGAUAUCCAAAGGCCAACGUCCACUUCGAAGAGUUUGGCGACGCCACGACAGGAACUGGGGAUCCAUUCGAGGUAGAAAUCAAAUCAACUGGUCAAACAGUUCAGGUACCUCGAGAGAAGUCCCUUCUUCAGGUUCUUUCCGAUGCUGGGUUUGAGAUAGAGUCGUCAUGUCUGGUAGGGAACUGUGGUACAUGCAUGGUGGACUAUUACAAAGGAGACGUUGAUCAUAAGGGCGUGGCUCUAGAUGAGGAGCAGAAGAAGGGGUAUAUGCUGAGUUGCGUUAGUCGUGGGAAGGGGAAGAUUGUUAUUUGAUAAUAACUUGCGAGGAGGCGUCUGCCAGUUGUAGUUUGUCUUAUCGAGACAGCUCCGGCGAUUGUCAAGUUAGAAUUUGAUAGAAUCUUACUUAUAACUAGUGUGAUUUAAGUUAUA